CGCAAUUCGCUAUGCCUCAAGGUCAAGAGUGCCGGUUGUUGGAGUAGACGCAAAGGUGCACUGCGGUCGACACUAUGAAGAAUCACGCUUUCCGUAAAUUGAGUAGGACUUCCUCGCAUCGGCGAGCCUUGCUACGGAAUCUCGUCACAUCGCUCUUCGAACAUGGUCGAAUCGUCACUACUGUGGCCAAAGCAAAGGAGGCCGCUAGAGAAGCCGAAAAAGUGAUCACACUAGGCAAGAAUAACACCGCACCGUCUUUGUCGCAGGCGGGCGCUUUCCUAUUCUCUCAAAAGGAAAGUAUGCGACAGCUGAAAGACCUCGCUCAACGCUACGCCGAGCGACCCGGAGGAUACACCCGUAUACAUCUGAAUGGUAAUCGCAAAGGAGAUCAUGCUCCUCGCGCGAUUCUGGAGCUGGUGGACAAUCCACGCGACCUGCGCUUAGAGAUGACUGCAAGGGCGAUUGCUCGUGAGACCCUUCGCAAGGGCUUUGGCAAGAAUGCAGCUCUCGUAGACUAUGUUUCUGGAAAGCGCUUCAGUGCAGCUGACUUUUCCGAAGGACACGAGAAGAGGUUCGCACUAUUGACCGCUAAGAACAUCAAGAAAGUCACCCAGUUUGGCGGCGAAGAAGCGCGGGAGCGUCUGGCCUUGAAAGCGAAUGCUGCAUUGCUCUGGCUCAGAGCAGAGGAGGCAGCAGAAGGCGAGCGCCGGGUGGACACUGCAAGAAUGCAAGGGUGGCACGAGAAUGCGCCAAGAGGUUCCACCACUCCAAGAGCGAUCGUGACGAGGCCAUACAAAGGCAGAAAGUGGCUUGCAGGCGAAGAAGAGAGGGGAAGCACAGGCGUCGUGUCUACACCUCGGCUGGUGAGGAAGGGUCUCCCGAGGAAACACAGCGUCAUCCGGAUCGGCAAAGGGGAGUUUGCCAAGAGGACAAGGGCACGGUCAGUGUUGCCUCCUAUGCAUCUCCUACCACAGCGAACACCAACCCGAUCAGCUAGUUCCGCGUGAUUUGCCGCGUUCACUCCAGCCCUCUCAAUGCCUGUAUAAUAUUACCUCGAUUCCUCGUCCAUUCGGGCAGGCGACUUGCAUUGCCGUUUCCUU